AUGACGAAGAAACGACGAGGAGGUAAAGGAAGCGAGACACAUUCACAGAGUGGCGAGAAUUCUGACGAGCUUCACACAAAAGUUAAUGGAGUCUCAACAGAGGAAGAUGCAAAUGCGCGUGUCUCUGAAAAAAACAUCACGGCCAAAGCUAAAAAUUGGCGGAACAUGAUACAGCGGACAAUCUGGACCUUUAUAAUGAUUGGUGGGUUCUUUGCAGCAAUAGCGGCCGGACACAUGUGGGUUAUUAUGCUGGUAGUCGCUAUCCAGACAAUGGUGUAUAAAGAAGUGAUCGCGCUAGGAGUUCCAAGCAAGGAACAAAAGCUGCCAUGGUUUAGAACUCUGAAUUGGUUUAUACUUCCUGUAUCCCUUGUGAUAUGUAAUGAUAUUUUUGCAUAUGUCUGCGGGAAACUGUUUGGAAAAAAGAUUUUCGGAAACAGGAUGCUGUUAAAGCUUAGUCCAAAUAAGACAUUCGAGGGAUUUGUUGGGGCAUGGAUAUGUACAAUCAUAUUUGGUCUUUUGUGGGCACAUCUUCUUAUGCGAUGGAAUUACAUGAUAUGUCCAGUAAAGGAUCUUAGCGCAAAUGUGUUCGCCGAAUUAAACUGUGACAUAAACCCAGUAUUCAUUCCUCAACAAUAUGUACUGAAACCAUGGUUAGCGGGGCUGUUUAGACGAAUAACACAUAGUGACAUUCGUAGUGUAUGGAUUGCGCCUCUUCAGUGGCAUGUAUUUGUGAUGGCGUGUUUUGCGUCAUCAAUUGCACCAUUCGGCGGUUACUUUGCUAGUGGAUUAAAACGAGCCUUAGGAAGAAAGGAUUGGGGAGACUCUAUUCCAGGACACGGUGGUAUAACAGAUCGCAUGGAUUGUCAGUUCCUGAUGGGGAUGUUUUCUUACAUGUAUUAUCAGAGUUUCAUCAAGACAUACGCGCACAAAUGUAUCUCCAUUUCAACCGGCUCCAUCCUUGAGUUAGUAGUCAACGACCUCGAGUCGUCGUCACAACUUGAACUGUAUCAUAAUCUGCAACAGUAUCUAUUUGGACAAGGAUUGUUGGAUGAAUGA